AUGACUGCUGAAACUGAGCCUGGGGAGACCGGUGGAGACACAGACGUUCAGCCCAGAGAGUGUGACAGCUCCACUCCCCCUCUAUUCUCUUUGAAAAUGUACCUGAGGAGAUCUUCCUCCACAGCAUCCUCCACCACAGACUCUCUGUCUUCUUCUCAGCAGAGCAACAUGGGAGUUGACUGUGCAGGGAUCAUCCUGAGCUGUCUCUUCUGUCGGUUCUACGAUAUGAUCCUAAUGCUGCCUGAUUCCUGUGGGAGAGUUGCCAAUCACUGCUGUCCCAACUACAAACAGGUUGUCACCACAGUGGACUCUACGCCCAGCAGUGACGAUGACUCUUGCAUAGAUUUGGACUGUGGUCUGUUCCGUUCCUGUAAUGAUGCAAGUGACUGCCUGGAGCUGGCUAUGGAGGUUUCUGAAUUAUGCUAUCACUAG